AAAACGUUUAUUUUUUAUUUUUAACUCUUAAAAAUAUAAAAACCAAGAAAACUUGAAAGUAGUUAGCUAUUCCGGCUUGUUCAAUGAAUAAAAUGAAAAUUGACGAAUUUUUGCCCACUUAUUUAGUCGUUUUGUUUGACUUAUCCCUCGGUCGGUAAAAUGGGUCGUGUUGUUGAUGGACGUGUAAAAGUGCCUAGUUUUGUCGAAUAAAUCGGCCCAAAUGUUAAAAUCCAGUCAACAAAUGUAAUAAAUAAACACCGUGCGUUAUUAUCAUUUUACUAAAAUAAAAAUAAACGUGUUGUUGGUGUGGUUGUGUGGCCUGGCCGAGUUUGGCCAUGAAUUGAUUGACAUUUGACAAUUGUCAAAAAGGCAGCCCCCAUGUAAAAGCUAAUAAAAAGCGGAAUGUUGUGUUGUCGCGUGCCAAAACUGUCAAUGGGAUGAAUGAGGGCGAUUUGUUGAAGCGAUCGGCCGAAGAGCGUGAAAAAAUCUUCAAGCGUUAUGAGCGGGGCCGCGAAGAGGGGGCUGAGAUCGACCCUUGGGAGGACCCAGGUUUUGAGGUGUACCACGCGACAGACAGGUAUGGGUUCAUUCAUGACAAGCGACUGCCAUCCAAAGUGGACCCGCAAGAAGCCAAGAAGUUGCAAAUUGAAUUAGAAAGACAGAAGAAGUGGCUCAAAAUGCUCAAGAAUUGGGACAGCCCCAAUGUGAGGGAGAAGCUCCACUCGAGGGUUUAUAAGGGGAUUCCCAAUCCGUUGCGGACGCAAGCCUGGUGCAAACUACUCAACGUGGAGAAGGUGAAGAGGGAUAAUGGGGGCACCUAUUCGGAGAUGAUGAAAUUGGCGAGAUUGCACUCCACGGAUGCGAGGCAGAUUGAUUCGGAUGUUAAUCGGCAGUUUAGAGAGCACUUGCAUUACAGGGAGCGGUAUAGCAUCAAGCAACAAUCGCUUUUUAAUGUUCUUACGGCCUACGCGAUGUACAACUCUGAAGUGGGUUAUUGCCAAGGUAUGUCAGGCCUUGCUGGAGUUCUCCUAAUGUAUAUGGAUGAAGAAGAUGCUUUUUGGGCAAUGCAUAUCCUCCUCACUGACCCCAAAUAUGCAAUGCACGGUUUAUACAAAGAGGGAUUUCCGAAAUUGACACGAUUUCUUGCACAUCACGAUCGAAUCCUAGCUAAAUUUCUACCCAAACUCAAGAAACAUUUCGAUAAGCAUGGAGUCGAUGCCAUUUUAUACUCGUUGAAGUGGUUUUUUGUUUGUUUCGUUGAAAGGGUUCCGUUUAAUCUCUGUUUGAGAAUCUGGGAUAUUCAUUUACUAGAUGGUGAAAGAGUUAUAACAGCAAUGGCCUUCACAAUACUCAAGUUACAUAAACGGAAUUUGUUGAAGCUCAACGAUAUGGACUCGAUUGUUCAUUACAUACAAGUAAAACUAUACAAAGACUUUAUGUUUGAGGACGACGUGGUCGUCCAUCAGUUGGAAAAGUCAAUGGAAGAGUUGAAAAAGGCGAAAUUGGACCAUCCAGGACCAGCCCAUAAGGACGAACUCCCAUCUCGGCCAUUUGGUAUUUUCAAAGAACCCACGUUCGAGCAAAUUGUCGGUAUUCGAGCCGAACAAUUCACCGAAAAAGAGAAAGAAACAAACGAAAUCGUAACACUAGUGAGUGAAGCGGCUCGAGAAGCGGCCGAAAAGGAAAAGGAAAGUCAGCUGUCAGUUGGUGAAUCUAUUGGGCUUGCAGGUUCGAAAUUCUCAUUCGAUCCGUCGAUCGACGACGCCAGUUCGCUCCUCGAAUGCGACCACACCGGUUCUCGUCGUUCAUUGGCCGACACUUCUGUCACGUCAACCGCUGACCUAUCGGUGUUUUCGACAGUGACGCGAUCACAAGCGCACGAAAACAGUCUGGAUACGCACAGCAACAUGUCGGAUAAUUCAGUCGGCGGGGCCAGUUCGGUGGGUUCGGGCAUUGGGGGCGGCGCCCGUUCGCAAACCACGCCCAGAGCCACGCCCCAUAAUCCCAGCCCUGAUGUUUUGCGAAUCUACGUGCCGUAUUCGCCGCUGGACACGCCCAUCGCCAGCCCACACAACGGGGGCGUGCCUUGCUCGUUUCCCGAAACCAAUAAGAUAAGGAUUAAGGUGGAUAAUGACGAAUUGCCAACGCCAUUGGUCGAGCAUGGACAAAUCACACAUUUCAGACUUGAGGCCGAUGAGUUUGAUUUGAAGUAGGGCGUUUUUUGAAAUUUUGAAAGCAAUAACUCGGUUUUUUAUUACGUGACGUUUUGAGAUUUUGAGGUAUUCUUACCACCUGUGAUUAUUUUCUUACUUCCGCAGUAGAAAAUACCGGCUGUUUCAGUUUGGUGCUUGCACCCUUGCAUAUUUUUAAAUAAAGUGUCGAAAUUUAUUAGAUAAAAUUAUGAAUUUACUUUUUUUUUUCAAAUAGCACUCUAUAUUUUUUUGCACCGUUUAAUUUUUUUUUCAGUUAUUUACUAUUAUUUUUUCAUAUUGUGACAUAUGUUUAAAAUGAGAAGUAAAAUAUCUAUCAAAAGGUGCAAAAACUUAUACAGGGUAGCAUUAAAAAAAUAGUUGACAGUCACCAUUUUGACAUAUGUCAUCGUAAAGUUGAAUUAAUGAUUCCAUCUAAUAGAUUUUGUCAAUUUAUUCAAAAAUAUAUAUGGUUUGUAGCACUUUUUUACAAAUAUAAAAAAAUACAGGGGUGUCAAUACAAAGUGAAACACCCGCUACCAUUCAUUUUUAUCAUUUAAUUCCAUUUUAUUUAUUCCCAUUAUGAUUAAAACGUGUGCUGUGAGUGAGAUAAUUUACAUUAUGAAUACGUAACCCCAUAAUUAUACUGCGUGUUCUUGAAAAAAAACUCGAUAUUUUGAGGUUAAGUUAGAAAGUUUCACUAACUAGCCACUAGGUGGUGUUUUGAAACAAUUACCAUUUCAAGCAAAAUUCUAAAACUGUGUUAAAAAAUGUGUACUAUAUGUAAAAUAGCAUUCCAAAAUAAUUUGAUAUUCUAUUUUGUUACAUUAACUUUUUGUAAAGGGAGACGGCUACUAAUAAAUAGUUUAUUUUUCGAUUAAAUUAGGAAGUACAAUAAAAAGUUCCAUCCUCUUGGAUAUUACUCAAGUCUAUCUCGUCUUGCCUAACAAAGUAAGUACCUUUUUUCUGCGAGCAUUUGUGCCAUAAUAAUAAAUAAAUGUUGAAAAUGAUUUUUUUGGAUGUCCGAUAAAUCACCAUCAUCAUGUAAAUAGCGUAGAGUGAAAAAACGUAUUGUGUAAUAUAAAAAAAUAAAACAUUCCAGUAUAAUACGCCAAUACUCUUCUUCAUGUAAAAUAAAAUAGUUUGUAAUUAUAGGUAACUGUAUUGCCGAUAUUGUCUUUACUUGUUUUCGCGUUUCGUUGGUUUUUUGAAGAGUCAAUUGUAAUUUUUAUAACAGUAUUUUAAUAAUAUAAGUUUGUUUAUUCAGUAGAGCACACAGGAGUGAAGUUGGCUUAGAGAAGAGAGGAAACUAUUUGAGUGAUACAUGCAAUAAGAUGUAUUCUACACGUUAUGUACAUUAUAUCUGUCAUAGAAUGACCUUAAAUUUUCUUAAUAAAUUUAUUUCAAAACUA